AUGGGUUGCCUUUCGGCAUUAAAGUUGUGGAGGAAGAGCCCAACAGCAGCAGAUGUCAACCAGAGAGACGCUUCCCAGGCCCCCUCCUACCAGAACAGCAUCGUCUCGGAUAACAGCCGUGCCUCCGACUUCGAGAAGCCGCUCUUACCAGCCGUCGGGCGCGGUGCUGGCGCACCACCGACACGAGAGGCCAUAUUAAGCAUCCGGCCGACAGCCCAUCACAGCUACUCGGCAUACUCGGGGCCAGCCAACCCCUCCAGACAGCAGCCCAACUGGUCACCAUACCGAAGCGACAGGCCCGCCGCCUCCCCGAAAUGGACCGAGUCGCUUGCGUCAACAAAGGCGUCCGAACCCACAUGGGCCGAGCCUAAGACUGACGGCAUUGACGAGUCGGACGAAAAGGCCCAACAACGGAGGGCAGACGAGGCACGGCGGAAAGCCGAGAGGGAGGAGCAAGAGCGACUGGACUUUUUCCAGAUGAUGUAA